UUUGGAGAUGGCGGAGCAUUCCCCGAAUGCCACAUAGCUCAAUAUCCUUUAGGAAUGGGUAAAGGUGGAGGAGACAGUGGUGGAGGAGGAGGAGGAUCAACUUCUAAUGCACUGGCAGUUCAGUUAGAUGACAAAGGCAAAGUUAAAUAUGAUGUGUUGGCCAGACAAGGCCAUGCAAAAGACAAGAUUGUUUACUCCAAACUGACGGAUCUUUUGCCAUCGUCCAUCACCUCAGAAGAUGACCCAGAGCUCCAGCGACCAUCCAUAGAAGAAAUAGAGGACACCACAGAGAAAACGAGACAAGCGUUAGAGAAGCUCACUCAGGUAAAAGACUGUCCUGUUGUGUUAUUAAGUGUAUAAUAGUUUCUACCUCAUUGUGAUGUUUUGAAUACUGUACAUGUCUACAUAGGUGUUGAAUAUAGUUGUGUGACAGAAACUACAUUAUGCUUAAUGUUCUGUGCACUGUUAAAGCAUUUCUAAUAUCAAUGCUAGAGAGAGGAUCUGCCUGAAGAAAUACAUAAAUUGUCAAUCUUUUCUGUAAUGAUUGUUUAUCAGACUAUAGCUUACAGCCCAGAGAAGAACAGCACAUAUAACAGUAAGUAG